AUAUGUGUAUAUAUAUAUGUAUAGAUAGAUAUACACACAGUUUAGCUUCCAGAUUGCAGAUUGUGUUGAGUGGGAGGGUCUAACCUGCCAUAUAAAGAGCAGUGUAUCUGUGGCUCAGUUCAGAGGAAGUGACAAGACGCUGUUGAAUCACUUGCAGAAGAUGUUGAGGAUAACUCUUUGGUUGUUGGUGGGAGUGUUGGUGUGGGGGUUUGCUUCCUGCUCCAUCACAUGUCCUGACGGGAAUGUGUGCUCCGAGUUUGCCACCUGCUGUAAAACUAAGCAUGGCUAUAGCUGCUGUCCAUAUCCAAAAGCUGUGUGUUGCUCUGACUUGGCCCACUGCUGCCCUGCAGGGUUUCGUUGUGACCAGGUUACCCAGAUGUGUGAGAACGAAAACCAGCCGUGGAUGAACAUACCUAUGGUGAAGAAGGAGGCUGCAGAGAAUCCAAGCACACCUGUUCUACCUGUAUAUCCCCUCCAGGAGCUUGAAAACAACCAUGUGCCAGACCAAAAAAAGAGUUCAGUUGUCCAUUGUGACAACUAUUACACCUGUCCCUCUGGCACUACCUGCUGCAGACACCCAACAGGUGUCUGGUUCUGUUGCCCAUACUUUCCUGGCAGGUGUUGUCUGGAUGGCUACCACUGUUGUCCAUAUGGCUACGACUGUGACCUCACUUAUACGCACUGUUUGAGGCAAGGCCUGAGAUAUCCCUUCACCCCCAAAGAAGCUCUGUCUUCAGUCCCUGCUUCGCUCAUUUCAAUUUCAGAGGACAAAAGCAGCUUGCAAGAGACACCAAUGACAGCUCUAACAGAAGCCAGUGGCGGCAUCCGUGAGGCUGGAGUUAUUCGCUGUGAUCCCAAGUUUUACUGCUCACAAGGGACAACUUGCUGUAAAGGACCCACAGGCCAUUGGAGCUGCUGUCCCUACCCACUGGGCAAGUGCUGUGCAGAUGGUCAGCACUGUUGUGAGUAUGGAUAUACCUGCGACCCCACCUCCUUGUCAUGCAGAAGAUGGUACUCUCAGAUCCCCUCAGGAACACAGGAACGUGCCAAAACAGACUGAGGACAUGUUGUUAAAGUUUGUGCACUGUGACAGCUUCUUUUUUAAAAUUGUAUUGUUACAUAUUUCAGUUAAAAUCAAUGCAUCAUAGCCUCAAUAGAGACAAUUAAUGAAAAGUUAGUAGAUUCCAUAUUCUGCUUCAGAAGCAGCAAGCUCUAACAAGCUCUAACCUCUUUCUCUUUUCCAUUGUGAAUUCUGUUUUAGAUGAAUGGCACUGUAUAUUGUAUUGGUUCUCACAAGGGAUGGGAUGUCAACAAUCAUUUUCAGUAACCACCUUAGCAAAAGUCCAUAUCCAUUGCACUGGUGUAGUAGGUAUGUUGAAAAUGUUUAAUCUGAAGGAUUUUUUUAGAAGUAGACAAAUCUUGGAGAACUUUAUGUCAACCUCAAAUCAUUUCCUGGUCUUUUCUAAUGAAACUGAAAAUUGUAUACUUACAAACGUGGACAUUUUUCAAUAAAAAAAAAUGUGAAAAUUUGAGUGAAUUGGAUUUCAUCUAUUCUGUUUUCUCAUGCCGCCUGAACUUAAUGUGUCACCGGGUGAAAGUGAACUGUGAUGUUUAUCAAAAGGUCUUUUACUUUAAAAGAAAAAACGGAAAUGUCUUUUUCAUUCCGCCUGGCUCACUUCCAUGGUUCUCAUGUGUAUCGUUCCAGGUGGAGGUAGAGUGUACAAAGGUCCUGUCUUGAUUUGCGGAAGAUUUAGGUUUAGGCACUAAAACUACUUGGUUAGGUUUAGGAACACGCACAAUAAAGAAACAAGAUGUCGAAACUACGGACCGUAUAUCUUUCUCAUGCAGCCUGGUACAUAUAGAGACAACAUAACAUUUGGUUUGAUGUUGCAAAGCAAAGAUAAUGAACUCUGUUGUAAUACAAUUCUGUGCUAGCUAAGUGCAGACAACAGAGUUUUUUACAAGUUUUUUUUUUAAUGAAUUUAAAUUGUAUUUGAAAUCUCUAAAAAUUCUAAAAGGACCAAAAGAACAAAAAUUAUAUAACAUCCUAAAACACUUUCGCACUGAAGUAAAUAACUGAACUGAAUAAUUUCUUAUCACUUGUUUAUUUUAAUUUAUUUCAAUUUAUUGUAUUUUAUUUGAUUUGAUGUUACCAAAGACUAUAGCAGAGCUGUUCCCUCUGACUAUAUUUUCUAUAUAUCUUUAUACUGGAGAAAUUGAUUAUAUGUUGCCACAUUUGUUUGUAAAUUCUGCAAUAUAAAUAAAUAAAUAACACAAUGAAGAAACAACACGUACAAAUCUCGCGAGAGUUUCGCAAAUCCAGGGUUGCCAUCUAGACACGACCGUGUACAAAUGGUGGAAAGAUGAAUCAAAUCGAAGAACUAAAAGUAUUUGUCUCCGAGCGCCUCCACGCUACUGCCUCUGAAAUAUUAGCUGCUAUUGAAAAAACGAUAACGGAUUACGAGGAGCAGGUCUCUCGUCUGAAGGAAGAAAACGACCGCCACCGUUCUCUGUUGGACAUUAUCGUGAAAGCCAAGUUAACGUUACCACGGACAGAAGGUCAUGCUGCCAUAAAGCAGGCUACCCCUGCGGCCCCGGGCCCAGGUGCGUCAGAUUCAAGUCCUGCCCGCGAGGCCCCCUGCCAUUCCAGUGACUUGCAAUGUGUCUUCACCUCACGCACCGACUUUCUAAAGUGUGCAGCCGAUGGCAACUGUCCCUACUGCUUGAAGAGAAUUCAAGCCACUGAGACACAUUUGAUGAGGAAGCAUUAUCUAUUUGCUGUUCAUUUUACUGAGAAUGGCACUGAAAAAUUUGUUGUACCAUGUACAUGCAAAGACAGGAUCCAGGGCAGAAGUCACUGGCACUGCCCAUAUUGCAGAAAGAUCAUUUAUCGGAAGUGUAACUUUGCGGGGCACAUAUCCAAACAACAUGGUUAUGCAAUACUGCAGCAAAGCCAAGAUGCAGCAGUAGCAUCUUCUCUGAGCUGAAAUACAUGGCCGCACAACGGUGCAUUCAGUGUUAUUGGAGUGUCAGAAUGACGCAACCUUUUCGACUACAAGAUAGGGAUCUUCUUUUUUUUGUAUCUGGACAUUUGUUUUGUUUAUUUUGAAUAUAAGAAAGACUUGACUUAUCGUCUUACUCUGAGGAACUCUGGGACAUAGGAUAAUCAUAUCAUAAGUGUUUUCUUCCCUUCUUCCUUGCCACAAUAAUACCUUGCUUUCUUAAAACUGCUAUGAAAAGUGAACAUUUUUCUAUGUGUGGAAGCUUAAAUCAGUCAGCUCCCUUUUUUUAAUUAAAAAUGUGUAUUUUUCAGUGAAAAUCUGUAAAAAAAAAAAAAAAAAAAACAAAAAAACAAUGUGCUGUGUUCAUAGGCAGUAGAGGUGAUACAGCCACUGAGGCUUACAAAUAGAUAAUUUGAUGGAGUAUUGACUGCAAAAAAUAAAAAUUUGGCAGUCUAUCAAUAUAAUAAAAUACAUUUCUCUGUCCUUCCCCAUAGAGAUCGAUCAGCCCUCUGUCACUGCCUUUGAGGAGGAGGGUUCCCUGAGUCCUGAACCCUGGUGUCAGCAGGGGCUCGGCAGUCUGGACCAACAGGCCUCACUGCCUCUUCAAAUGAAAGAGGAAGAAGAAAUGGGCAGACAAGUGAGUCAUCCUGAGUUGCAGAACUCAGAGCAAUCCGAGCAAAGACAAACAGGUCUGGAGGCAGAUCACGCCCAAGACUCUGCAUUCAACAUCAUCUGUGUGGACAGUUUUAUUCAAUAUCCCAGUGACAUCAACAGUGUGGAAAGCAGCAAGGGGCAUCCUCUUCCUAAUUCUUCAACUCAAGCUCUGGAAACUCUGCCUGAUAGUGGGAUUGGUGAAAUAUGGCAGGCAGCUGGGGAAUCUCAUCACAUCACAAAAGACAGUGCUGUUGCUGAGAAUGGAAGCAGCAACAAAAUUGAGGAGUGGAAGAAGAAACACACACCUUGUUCUAAUUUAAAGGCACUCAAUUCAAAGAGGAAAAAGCAUGUGAAAAGAUCUUUACCCCCCUUGAGUGUGACUAUAAAGAAAUCCACACAAAUAUCUGUCAGUCAGAAUCCCACAGGCCCUCAUUGUUGUAAAGCAUGUGGAAAGACUUUCCAUUACAUGUACACACUGAGGACACACGCACAAACACACACAGUGGAUAAAAUCCAUAUUUGUGGAAUUUGUGGAAAACAUUUUGAGUCCACAGAGAGUUUAGUCCAGCACCUUCAAAGCCACACAAAGAGAAACAAAUGUGGUACAUGUGGCAAACAAUUUUCUAAUAGUUCCCGGCUGAAACGUCAUAGGAGAUUUCACAGACCAAAAGGUCUAAAUAUCAUGUCAUCAGCCUACAAACCACAGAUGGGCAAAAUCCUACAGACGUCAUAGAUGCAUCAAAAACUGCUGGGAUUAUUGAAUUCUGAUCCACUGCAGUAAAAUACCAGUCCAGUGGUGUAUUUAUUGGAGGAAUAACUCAGUCCUAAUGCUGGGCUGUAUGUUGAUGUUUAUUGUAUGUCAUUGUAUUCAACUACAUUUUGUAGACGUCCAAUUAAAACAAACCUUAAAAUCUGA